CCAUUUUAACUGAAGGCUUUGUCUUUUUUCAGCUCUUAUUUGUGGGGGACUGAUCAUGUGUUCCGGCCUGCUUGAAAACUAUGUAGCAGCUAUGGUGUUGAGUGCAACUGGAGAUGCCCUGGGCUUUAGAAAUGGGCAGUGGGAAUUCCUUUAUUGUGGUGAAGAGAUUCAUGCACAACUGGCAGAAAUGGGAGGUGUGGACAGAAUCAAUGUGGCGGGCUGGCAAGUCAGCGAUGAUACUGUCAUGCACUUGGCUACAGCGGAAGCCCUGGCAGCAGCUGGAACAGACCCAGAUUUGGCACACCUCUAUUCUCUCCUUGCAAGAAACUAUAGGGACUGCAUGAAAGAUAUGAGUGGAAGAGCUCCAGGUCAGACCUGCAUGCGAUAUGCAAGAAGUUUGAAACCAGAUGAGCCAGAUGGGUGGAAAAUCCCUUUCAAUGAAAGAGGUGGAGGGUGUGGAGCUGCCAUGAGGUCAAUGUGUAUUGGUCUACGGUUUCGUCACCCAGAACAACUGAAUAGCUUGAUUGAAGUCAGCAUUGAGAGUGGGCGAAUGACUCACCACCAUCCAACAGGUUACCUGGGAUCCCUGGCUUCUGCUCUCUUCACUUCUUAUGCUGUGAACCGCAAGCCCCCUGAGGAGUGGGGGAAAGGCCUGAUGACAGUUCUACUAAAGGCUAAAGCCUAUAUCCAGAAGUCAGCAUAUUUUGUGGAAGAAAACUUGCAGCACUGGGACUACUUUGAAAGUAACUGGAAGCAGUACCUGGAAAUCAGAGGCAUUUCGGAUGGAAAGUCUCCUCCUUCCUUUCCUGCUGAAUAUGGUGUGAAACAAAGAGAUGAAUUCUAUACCGCUCUCAGUUACUCCCGCUGGGGAGGCAGCAGUGGACAUGAUGCUCCCAUGAUUGCUUAUGAUGCCAUUCUUGGUUCUGGGAACAACUGGGCUGAGCUAGCUAAUAGGGGUUUCUUCCAUGGCGGAGACAGUGACUCUACAGGGGCCAUUGCCGCAGCCUGGUGGGGAGCAAUGUAUGGCUUCCACGGAGUCAGUGCAAGUAACUAUAGGGAUAUUGAGUACAGAGACCGACUGGAGAAAGUUGCUGGAGACCUUUAUCACCUCAGCUUGGCAGCAAAGCUUGAUUGAAGAGCCCUUUGGACUGGGUGGAGCAAGACAAAAUUGCAGAAACCAAAUGCUGAGAGGGUCUGCUAAUAUUAGUCUUUAUGAAGACCACAAUAUAGCCAAAUAAAAGGCUAUAUUUUUACAAAUAAACUCAAAAGACUUUCUACAUGAACCAAAAUAUUAAAAUAAUUACUUGCUGCAGUCAUAUGGAGUAAAUCUAAGUUGCGCUGGAUAGUGAAGACUGCUUCUGUUCACCUGCAUUCACUAAUCAAUAGUAGACACUGUAAAUGAGGGUGACAAGACACAAAAAUCAUUUUUUAAAAAAAAACCCUCCAAAAAAGCAAAUUGUGGGUUUUAGCUUUAACUUACCAGUAUUUGGUUGCUUGUGAGAGGCUUGCACACAGAAAAUCGGCAUAUAAAUAAAAAUAUACCAUGUAGUGCUAACUGUUACCAUGCUUAAGACAGAUCCAGGUGGACAGCCAGUUUAACCCAGGCUUGAAGAGCUAUAGAGCAAUUAACAGAUUCUGCAUUUAUUGCCUUUGACACUUUCACCAUCAUUUCAAUUCUGCAUGUUUACUGACUUUGCUGUUUUCUAACACAACAAAUGGUAUCUAAACUAAACUGGUUGUUCUUUCAAUUUGUUGUACUAUUUUACAAUAGAUUUUAACUUGGUAGUGUUUUGCAAUCUUAACCACUGCCCACCAGCCGCCCUGGGCCUGCUUCAGCGAGGAAGGCGGGACAUAAAUCAAACAAAAUAAAUAAAAAUUAAAAAAAUGUAGCUCUGCUCACUGUACCCCAUUUCAUUGUCUGAUGAAGCUUACAUUUUGAAUAAAACUUUGUUAGUCUUAAAA